UCCAAAUAAAGAACCUCAUUACCAAAAACCAAGUAAACCGUCAAACCACAAUCGAAACUCCAAAACACCCUUGAUUGGAAAAACAAAGACCAAAUUAUAAAUUGGCAGACUGGGAGGAGCCAACGCCCUUCCCGUCGACCCAACGCCGAAGACCAUUGCUUUCUACUGGAACUCUCUUUUGCUUUCUCUCUCUUUUCCUUUUUUUUUUCUUUAUUUUCAAUUAAAAAACUAAUAUUCCUGAUAAUAGAUGCAUGCUCAAUUGAGCAGUAAGCAGUUCAUGAUACCCUGACCCAAAGAAGAAGAGAAGUUCAUGAUACAGUGGUCAAAAUGACGUCGUUUGAAGCUCGAUGCAUAGUAUCAUAUCCACCUCUCUCGUCUUCCUCUUCUUGCAACGGAAAAACCAGAAAAAAUCUGAGCUCUCAUCACUGAUUCUGGAUUGGAAAAUGCUCGUAGAGGUAGAGAAUUGAAUUGAAGGUACUCCAAUGGCGAUUGUGUCUUCUCUGCCAGGUCACAACCUCUUCUCUUCACUCCCAUCAAAUCCACCAAGAAACGACCCUGCAGCAUCAAUCUCUCCUCCUCAACCACCCAUCCCCAUCCCCAAAUACCCUCCUCCUCUAAAAAAAUCCAAAAAUCCUCAAACUUCGCCUCCUUCCCCUGCCUUCAAUCUCCCCCACCGUCGAACCAAGUACUACAAGCCAGUCAAAGACGGCGUCGUGUCAUCCGAAGGUGACCGCUCCAUCCUCGUCGGCGAGAAUGGUGUCUCCUAUCUCCUUCCAGGAGCUCCAUUCGAAUUCCAAUAUAGCUACUCCGAGACUCCUAAAGUCAAGCCCUUAGCCAUCCGCGAGCCCGCUUUCUUGCCGUUCGCGCCUCCCACAAUGCCAAGACCGUGGACGGGGAAGGCCCCGUUGAAGAAGUCGAAGAAAAAGAUUCCGCUUUUCGGUUCAUUUGAUGUCCCUCCGCCUGAUAAAGAAGGGGUAAAGUACGUGGAAAUGCCUGUAGCGUUCCCGUUGGGUAAAUAUCCGGAGGAAGGGAAAUCGCGAAAGGAGAUACUCGGGGAACCCUUGAAAAAAUGGGAAGUCAAAAUGCUUAUUAAGCCUCUCUUGUCUGAUAAUAGUCAGGUUAAUCUCGGGAGGGAUGGAUUGACACAUAAUAUGUUGGAGUUGAUACAUACACAUUGGAAGAGGAAGCCUGUCUGCAAAGUUCGUUGUAAGGGCAUCCCCACUGUGGAUAUGGAUAAUGUUUGCUGCCGUUUGGAGGAAAAAACUGGAGGAAAAGUCAUUCAUAGAGUUGGUGGUGUAGUAUUCCUUUUUCGUGGCAGAAACUAUAACUAUCGAGCUCGUCCGCAAUACCCAGUGAUGCUCUGGAAACCAGCGGCUCCUGUUUAUCCAAAGCUCAUCCAAGAAGCUCCAGAAGGAUUGACAAAAACUGAAGCUGAUGAAUUUCGGAAAAAAGGAAAGAAUCUUUUGCCAAUAUGUAAAUUAGCCAAAAAUGGAGUUUACAUUAGCUUGGUAAGCGAUGUUAGAGCUGCUUUUGAAGGAAGUCCAUUGGUGAAGAUUGACUGUAGAGGGAUGAAGCUGAGUGAUUACAAGAAGUUGGGUGCUAAGCUUAAGGAAUUGGUUCCAUGUGUGCUGCUGUCUUUUGAUGAUGAGCAGAUAUUGAUGUGGAGGGGACAAAACUGGAAACCAAUGUAUCCAGAAGUUCCUUCAGUUUCAAUUCCUGCUGAAGUUGAUAUUACAAAUGGCUCAGAUGAUUCAGGCAAACCUGAUGAUAAUAUAAUGAGUUCAAGCCCAAAAAUGAUAUCCCUGUGGAAGCGUGCAAUUGAGUUGGGGAAGGCAAUUUUGCUGGACGAGAUUGAUCUUGGUCCUGAUGAUCUUCUGAGGAAAGUAGAGAAAUUUGAGAACAUUCCACAAGCUACAGAACACUCGUAUCCAGCUGUAAUUCUGUCUAGUGAGGAAGGUGCCAAUAACAGAAUGUCGGCAUUUGAAGACGGAUCACUUGGUGAAAGUUUUGGUGAAGAUGGCACAGGUACUGAUGAUGAAUACGAAGAAGACGAUUAUUAUGACAGCGACUCUUUUGAAGAGAUAGAUGCUUCAGCCUCUCUAGAUUCCUUGCCUGUUGAUCUGAUAGCAGACGAACUUGAUCAAGAAGAAUGAAAUGGCAGAUGCAUCUGCUGGAAGUGGUAACAAUACUGUGAAGAAUCAGACUGGUAGAAUACAAAAGAUAUGAAACGGGUGAGUGGAAGAUUUGAACCUGUCUUGUUCUGAAGGCUGUUCGUGUAAGUUGCUCAAAAGCAGUGAGCCAAUGGCAAGUCUACCUGGGAUGUAAAAUUUUUUGAUUAAAUGAAAGGACUGUUGCCCUGUUAGCAAGAUUCUGUUUAUGUUUUUAACUUUUUCUCUCAGUGAUGCGUCUCCAUUGCAAGGCAAAGGGAAUUGAAGGUGAUACUUGAUUGGAAUUUUUUUUGGAGCCUCUGCUUUCGCUGGUUUAGUCUGCAUGCAAGUGUAUUAGAAUUCUAUCUUUAAAAAAGUCAUUUUUUGUAAUUUAAAUAUUUAAUUAAGAUCU